AUGGACCGUAUCUUCGCAGAGUUCGGAAAGGCAUACUCGGAGGGUAAUGGCUACGAUCUUUCCAUGACCUUGACUCCUGUAUCACCAGCGGGCGAACCAGACCGACUCAGCAAAUUCUUUCGAAGUACAAAUCAUGCUCAAGCCCAGAGAGAUAUUCGGAACGGAAUCUUGAACGGCAACAACACUCCAUUUACCCUCCCGACAGAGGAAGGAAAUGGAUGGGUUGAGGUCUACGUUGCUUACUGGAAGGCGGUUGGGGAGAUAUUGAAGGCAGACAGUGCUGCUGAAGCGGAUGCGAAGGUAUCAUACGUCAAAGUCUAUGAAGCAUGGCGUGAUAUGACUCUGGCUCUCGUCAGAGGAUACACCAACAAUGGCUUCGAAGCCUGGACAGUGCCUUGCCUUUACGUCGCAGGCAAAUACCUUAGAAUCUUCGCUAUCAAGGCAGACGAGGGUGCUGCCGCAACCACCAGCUCCGUGACUAACUUUGAUGACUUCAAUCCCGAGGCCGAGAAGAACGAAAAGUUGGAGGAUGCUGCAAGACAUCUAAACAGGAUAUUCACGAUUUGUCUCAGCGACAGAGCACCACUCGAGGAGUCCCGCAAAUGGGGGAUCUACAAUAUCAUCAAUCUCCUCUUCAAAACCUACUUCAAACUCAACUCCGUGUCUCUGUCCAAGAACGUCCUCAAGGCGAUCCAGGCCUAUCGCGGAGACAUGCCAGCGUUGGAUGCCUUUCCGAAAGCCCACCAGGUGACAUUCAAAUACUACAUCGGAGUCAUCUAUUUCCUCGAGGAAGCUUACGAAGAGGCUGAGAAACAUCUCACCGAAGCCUGGAAGAUGUGCCACCAAGACUCAAUCCACAACAAAGAGCUCAUCCUCACCUACCUUAUACCCUGCCACCUCCUAACCACCCACACCCUGCCCUCCGCCACGCUCCUAGCACCAUACCCCCACCUGCAAGAGCUCUUCCUGCCUCUGUGUCGCUGUAUCAAGCGCGGUGACCUGGCUGGCUUUGACGCCGCCCUGGUAGCCGGCGAGGACGAGUUCACGAAACGUCGCAUCUACCUCACACUAGAGCGGGGCCGCGACAUUGCGCUGCGGAAUCUACUUAGAAAGGUGUUCAUCGCAGGCGGUUUCGAGGCGUCGAAAGAUGUAGCGGCGCCGGUGAGGAGGACGAGGAUCCCGGUUGCGGAGUUUGGGGCAGCGAUCAGCAUUGGGAGCAAGGAGCAGAUGGAGUCGGAUGAGGUGGAGUGUUUGUUAAGUACGAUGAUUUACAAGAACCUAAUGAAAGGCUAUAUAGCCCGCGAGCGUGGCUUCGUCGUCCUCAGCAAGGCUGGAGCCUUCCCCGGUACUGGCGUCUAA